UCAGUCGAGGGUGUUCGGAGCUAUGGUUGGCGCCGAAGCGCAGCUACACAGACUGUAGCCAGAGAACGAGCCGGGAGCCACUCCACCUAGAGGAUGGGCAAAGUGCCCGGCCCGGGCAGCAGGCAAUGAUUCAGAAUGCAAUCAACGGCCACGACAUGCACGGAGGACAGAAUCCAGCAUGCCUUAGAACGGUGUUUGCAUGGGCUCAGCGUCAGCCGGGGUACCACCACCUGGACAGCUGGGCUGUGUCUAAACUGUUGGAGCCUCCAAGAACUAGUGAGCAGGGACCCAGAUAAUUUCCUCAUCCUCCUGGAGCAGAUCCUGCAGAAAACCACAGAGGUCCAAGAGAAAUGCAGCUAUGAUCUUCUGGCUCCGCUGGCUCUGCUUUUCUACUCCACUGUCCUUUGUACCCCACACUUCCCACCAGAUUCUGACCUCCUUCUGAAAGCAGCUAGAACCUACCACAGAUUCCUGACCUGGCCCAUUCCUUACUGCAGCAUCUGUCAGGAACUUCUCACCUUCAUUGAUGCAGAGCUCAAGGUGCCAGGCAUCAACUACCAGAGACUAGUGAGGGCAGAACAGGGACUGUCCAUCAGACGCCACCGAAAUUCCACUGUCACCGUACUGCUUCUGAACCCCCUGGAGGUACAGACUGAGUUCUUAUCCGUGGCCAAUAAGAUGAGUUUCCCAGAACCUUCUCCUCAUAGCGCCUAUGUCACACUGUUGCAACAUGCUUACCAGGCUGCCUUUGGGGCAUGCUGUGACCUGGUCCGUCUACACCGUAUGCUUCAGUCCAAGACUCUAACUGAACUGGAGGCCAUCUUUGAGGAGACUACAGAGGCUCAGGAACUAGCAUCUGCCAUCAGAGACCCCAAGGAGGCCCGGCAGUGGCUGAAAGCCAAGCUGAAGGCUGUAGGAGAGAAAGCUGGCUUCCCCUACAUCUCAGAGACAGCUCAGCCCUGUAAGCUGUAUACCAUCCCCAUUCCAGUAGCCAGGUGCUACACCUGUAGCUGGAAUCAGGACAGCUUUGACAUCCUAAAGGAGAUUCUGCUUAAGGAAAGAGAGUUGCUCCAGCCAGAGACCCUUGAGGAUGAAGAAGAGGAGGAAGACUUGGAGGCAGAUGGAUGCUUUGCUGAGCGGGACUCCCUACUCUCUACUACUUCUAUGGCAUUCAGAGACUUGACCAGGUCAACAGCUUCACUCCCGACCUCUGUCCCUGGCCUUUCAAGCCACGUACUGACCUCUUUUGUCUCAGGCCUCUCAGACUACAUGGACAGUGGUUACAUGGAAGACAGUGAUGAAAGUUCCCCUGAUCGGCCACGGAAAGAAAGCCAGGAGGAACAAGGACCCCAAAGAUCUGGGAGAAAGCUUAACAGAAUCUAUAAACUUUUAAAGAGCAAAAGCAAUAUGGUGCUUCGGAGAGACUCCCAGAGCCCGGUGAAAGGGACUGGCUUGGGCACACUCCCUCUUCGGCGGACGGGGAGUCUAUGCAGCCCUUUAAACACACCUUCACCACUCUCUUCCUGUUCCCAACGUUCCCAUUCCCUUCCCCAGCAUGUGCUGGAGAGCCACCUUUCAAGCUGGCUCUACCCCACUGCCACACGUCAUCGACAUCGGAGGCCCUUCCUUAGUGGCGACGAGGACUCCAAGGCCUCCACACUGCGUGUUGUGGUCUUUGGCUCAGACCGGAUCUCCGGGAAGGUUGCCCGUGCUUACAGCAAUCUCCGGAAGUUGGAAAGCAGUUGCCCACUCCUGACACGGUACUUCAAGCUCCAGUUCUUCUAUAUCCCAGUAAAACGAAAUUAUCAGCCUACAUCUAGUACCUCUCCUGCUCAUGCGAACCAGUCCCACCUCAUGUCCACAGAUUCCCUAAGGCAUCUGACUCCAGUGGACAUUCCUCUGGCUUCAUGGGAGGACAGCACCAAUGACAUUUCCCAUUACCUCGGAAUGCUGGAUCCUUGGUAUGAGCGUAACGUGCUGGGACUGAUGCACCUGCCCACUGAUGUCUUGUGUCAGCAGACUUUGAAGCCUGAGGCUGGACCACUGGAGAGUGCCCAGGAGCAGCUGCCCAUCCUGGCAGACAUGCUGCUUUAUUACUGCCGCUUUGCCACAAGACCAGUCCUGCUGCAAGUCUAUCAGACAGAGUUGACCUUCAUCAGUGGGGAGAAGACGACAGAAAUUUUUAUCCAUUCCCUGGAGCUGGGUCACUCUGCAGCUGUCCGUGCCAUCAAGGCUUCUGGUCCCGGCAGUAAACGACUGGGCAUUGAUGGAGACCGAGAAGCCAUCCCACUUACACUACAGAUUAUCUAUAGCAAGGGGGCCAUUAGUGGACGGAGCCGCUGGAACAAUAUGGAGAAAGUGUGCACCUCUGUCAACCUUAACAAAGCCUGCAAAAAGUUGGAGGAGUUAGAUUCUAACAUGGAAUCUCUGACCUUGACCCUGACUGAGGUGGUGAAGAGACAGAACUCUAAGUCCAAGAAGAGCUAUAACCAGAUCAGCACAUCACAGGUUAAAGUGGACAAGGUACAGGUCAUUGGCUCCAAUAGUUGCUCUUUUGCUGUUUGUCUGGAUCAGGAUGAGCGAAAAAUCCUGCAGAGUGUGGUCAGGUGUGAAGUCUCUCCGUGCUACAAAUCUGAGAACAGCAGCCUUUGCCCACAGCCCCAGAGACUUUCCUUCCUGCCACCUCAAAACUCACCUGACCUCUGCUCUUUCCUGUGUUUGCCCAUCAUGACCUUCAGUGGAGCUCUGCCCUAACACAGCAAACUCAUGAUCUUCAUCUGGAUUUGAUAAAUCACAAGCAAGCGUGGACCCCCACUUCCCAAGCCAGAGCCCUCCCAGUCCAGAGAGCUAGGACUGGCAGUUGUGGCUUUUCCUACAGAGAAUGGAAUUCACUAUCAAUUAACUAGUUUCCACAUGCGAUCCUGAUGAUGUUUUUGUUUUUUUCCCAGCAGGAAAAAGACACAAACCUUUAGCCCUGUAGAGAGAGAUUGUCUUCUGCUCAUAUGGGAGGGGGAAGAGAGGGUAUGAAGGUGGUAAGGGUUAAGUCCAUCUUUUCUUCUGACUAUGUAGGUGAGUAACUUUAAGCAAGUCAUUUAGCUUCUCUCUGGGCCUUGGUUCUCUCAUCUAUAAAAUGGAGAAUCCCUUACCCCUCCCUACGGCUAGGCACCUGGAAUAUAUCAUCUGGCUCUAAAAUCUAUGAUUUUGUCUCAGGGCCUGGUUGUUCUUAAGUUAUGUGCCUUGGCUGAUGUAUAGCAUUUGAAUGCUCGCUCUCUGUUCUUUCAUUCCAGACCCUGGUUUGAGAGGCUGGGAAGAGAGUGGAGAACAAAUGGGGGGAAAUCGUGUUCCAGAAAGCUAUUCAGUCCCCACCCUACUGCCUUUUUAGAACUCUGUUCUCUGCAGAGAUGCAUAUCAAGGUUCUAACAAGUGCCUGGCAUUAUUUUAAAGGUUGGAGAAGACAUGAGAUAUGUAAGGAGUUUACAUUAUAGUUAAUACAUGACACUUUAUGUGCAGCAGUAGAUUAAUUAUACGGUUAAAUAUAUAGUUAAUAAUUAAGAAUAUAGUGAAGAAUUAAUGGUACCUCAAUCUAACUGUAAACAACUCACUAUAGUGGGGAGUUUGGUCUAAGGCAGCUCCAUCUUGGCCUGAUCCAAGAAAGCACCAAAAAAAGAUCUUGUUAUACUAAAGCUUCACCUGAAUCAAGGUCCUGUACCAUGGUUUCAGAGCUUUGUAUUUAUGUUCUAUUGUAUUGCAUCACUCUUUAUGUACUGAGGGUCCACAUAAUGUACAUACAUUAUGUUCCUUUGUCAUAGGCCCUUUUGGUAGAAAGGGGACUCCAAACCAGGAUGGUUUGCCUGGAGGAAAGAAGUAUUUGAAGGACUAUCAUGUGAAACAGGGUCUGAAGGUCUGAGGCUUUGACCAUAGAAGGCAGAAUUAGGAGCAAUGGGUAGAAGUUGUUUAGAGUCCAAUUUUAGUAUGAUCUGAGAAAAUGUUUCCUAACGGAACUCUGCAUACAACAGGUACUUAAUAAUGUUUAUUGUAUUUCAUCGUACAUACAGUAGAAAUAUGACAGUGGGUAGAGUCUAGGAGACUAACAUUCAAGUCUUACCUUUGAUAUUUCCUGGCCAUGUGACCCUAAGUAAAUCAUUUAACCCCAGGCAACCUCUAGAACUCUUAAGUUGCAGAACUGUUGUCCAGUUGUUGGGGGAAUUUCCACAUAAACAGUUCCCUACACCAAGGAGAUCACGGGUCCAUUAAAAAAAAAAAAAGACUAUCCAGAAGGGAACUCCCUGGGAUGGUAGGGACUUACACAUCUCUGGUGGACUUCAUGCAGAAAUUACAUAACAACUUGUUAGAGAUGAUGUAGGGGAGAUCCUUUCCAAGGUGUGAGUUGGACUAGAUGACAUCUGACUUUUCUUUCACUUUGGAGAUUCUGCAAAUUCUGAUGGAAUUUAAAAUUAAAAGUCCAUCCCUUAAUUGAGGAGAGAAAUCUUUAAGGUGGAGAAUAGGUUUUAGCUAAGCAGGAAGGAGAAGAGGUGAGGAAUAAAGUGAGUGAUAACCAGGUACAGGAUUUCUUCUCUUAUUAAAGUGUCAAGUUUAUGCCAAGAACUGCAUUGGUGCUGGAAAUAAAAAUAUGGUAUGACUAGGA